AUGUCCAAGCAGUUUCAAUUCAAACUUGUUCUUUUAGGUGAAUCAGCCGUUGGAAAGUCCAGCUUAGUUCUACGUUUCGUGAAAGACCAGUUUGACGACUACAGAGAGAGUACCAUCGCCGCGUUCUUGACCCAGACUGUCACGCUCGACGAUCAAACUACAGUCAAGUUCGAAAUAUGGGAUACCGCUGGGCAAGAACGAUACAAGUCCCUCGCACCAAUGUAUUACCGGAAUGCCAACUGUGCUGUCGUCGUUUAUGAUAUCACACAAACCGCAUCUCUUGAGAAGGCUCGCACCUGGAUCCGGGAACUUCAACGUCAAGCAGAUCCUUCCAUAGUGAUCGCCCUCUGUGGAAACAAAUCAGAUUUAGCAGCCCGACGUCAAGUAACGGAAGAGGAAGCAAAGAAAUAUGCUGAUGAGGAAGGUCUCAUGUGGGCGGAAACCAGCGCAAAGACAGGCGAGGGAGUCUCAGAGAUCUUUACUGCUAUCGCAAAAAAACUUCCUUUGACAGCACCUCCU